GGGCCUUUGAUUUCCAUUCUUCGGGCUUCUCUCUUUUCUUCCUACUCCUCCGCCAACAUUCCUGCCCCUUUUCUUCACCAUGCCGACUAUGGCCCGAUUCGGUCGGGCCAAGAAGUCCCCCAGGACGAACAACGAUGCUAACUCGAAUUUGCUCGUGGCACCUACGUCAGACCUUCCUCAACCCCCGCGUGUCAACCUACCCCAUGUGGAAACCGAAUUGAACAUGCAUCAGUACAACGGCCUCUUCGGGAUCGAAUCGCCAGAGCAACAACGGGAACCUACCAUGGUGGAGCCCUCUGCAGGUUGGUUGUCUCCGUCAUCGUCGGCGUCGUUGACCACCGUGGAGCGAGCCGAUUCGAACCUCAAACACUCACCCGACAUGCGCAUUCCUACAGAACCCGUGACGCCCCCCUCCUCCCACCACACCAAUGGCUCGCCGAACCACUCCAACGGCGAUGCGCCCGGCACGGAAUGGUCCUCGGCGGUCGGGCACGCGGCGACGGGCAAGUCGGGCCGGGUCAUUCACAACCUCCAGGAGGAUAUCGCCCGUCUGACCCGCGAGUGCGGCGUCUACCGCUCGCGGGCGGAAGAGACCCAGCGGAUGAACGAAGUCUUCAAGACCCAGGUCCAGAAUAUGACCGAGCGUCUGCGGAACUUGGAGCAAGCGAACGACACGAACCUGCAAUCGAUUGCGCGCAAGGACCGGAAGCUCGACGAACUGCGCGCCGAGGCCCAGGCGGAGAAGGACCGGCGACUGCGCGCCGAGGGGGAAACCAGCAAAGCCAACCGCUUGAUGAACGACACCCGCGAGGACUUCAACCGCCAAACCGCCACGUUGCAGGAGACGGCGCACCAUUACCAGGCACAGUACGAUGUGCUGGCGAAAUCGGGCCAGCGCGAACGGGCGGAUCAGCAGAAACGGCUCAAGACCAUCCGGGACGAUUACGUGGCGCUCAAAAAGACCCACGAUACGAGGGAUGUCAAUCUGCAGCGGUACGAUGAGCUCUUGGCGGAGAAGGACCGGGAGAUUGAGGCCACUCGGGCGAAGUUCGACCAGCUGUUCCAGACGUACGAGUCUUAUAGGAAUGCCAACGACGAGGAGAUGCGGAUGUUGAUUGAGAACAGCCGUCAGAAGGAGGCUGCCUUGGACUCUGCUCUCGCCUCGUUGAAGGAGACCGAAGGACGGAUGAAGUGGGUGAUGCGCGUUAAGGACGAGGUCAAGGGCGCGGAAUGAAGAACGACUCUGUCUGGCCCUUUUCCCUUCUUACUCGUCGACAACCUUUACACUCUGGCCCGAUGCCCCCCCAUAAGGCAAAACACGCGGGUCGUGCGCGCCUGACCGUAAAUACUCAGCUUCUUUUCCGUUCUUCGGAGGACGCACGUUUACCUACCGUGUG